AUUGUACCGUGACGAGAACAGUGGGAACCCCCAAGAAUAAGAAAUGGAUCGUUCUCCAGGUGGGAAAAUUUACAAGGGAAAAGAAGAUACAAGAAAGUAACCCGUGAUGUUGCUUCUGGGGGGGGGUGGAAAGUUGAUUAAUGCAGAAGAGAGCCUCAUCCCCACCGGUCCUUCAUACAACGGAUACUAUUCCACCACGCCUGUCUGUCGGCUUUGUGUUGUAGCUCCGAAACAGGGACCUAGGGGUGCCCUUUUGAGCUGCAGGUUGCGAAUCCCCGUUCCUCGAUUUGAAUUUCGCCAGUUAUCCCACCGCCACACUCCUUCAAGCGACUUGAACUUUGACCUCAUCCCCGUCUCGAAAAUUGUGUUAUUCUUUGUAUCAAACACUCCGCUCUCUAACCUGCCGAACGGCGGCCUGGACGCCAUGAAUAGUUCCACUUCUUCCCCUACCUCCGUGCUUGCUACAAACACCUCUUCCCGAACAAAUUCUUCCGCAUCCACCGCAGGUACCAAACGCAAGCGCAAUGUCGUAGGGAAAUACUAUGCCGUCAAAGCGGGCUAUCAGCCGGGGGUUUACUACAGCUGGACCGAUUGCCUGACCCAGGUAACUGGGUACAAGGGAGCCGUUUUCCAGGCAUUUUCUUCUUUCGAUGAUGCGAAAGCCUUUCUCACGGGGGCCACCGUUGGCGCCGGUCGCGGCGGAAACAACUCAAGCUCCGAUCCCCCCAGAUAUUACGGCGUCCAGCGCGGGAGAGUGCCCGGGGUCUACACCGACUGGUCAAAGGCGCAGGAACAGAUCAAAGGGUUCACCAAGCCGCGAUACAAGAAAUUUGCGACCAGAGAGGAAGCCGAGGCAUUCGUGAACGAAGACCAAGGAAAUAGCGCCACUUUCGCAAAGGCCGCUAAGUUAUCGGGGGCGCCAGGUCUGACAGACGCGGUCCCGACGGAUGCGCAUGGCGUGGCUUAUGAGCCAGGAACCGGACCUUUACCUCCUGGGACCACGGACGGAUUUGAUCCGAAUGUGCUUCUGGAUCCCACCACUGGGAAAGUGAUCUACAAAUCUGCGGACCAGAAGGCUGCCACAAAGCUGAAGUCGAAUGGCCCCCCGGGGAUGUUGCGCAUCUACACCGACGGUAGUUCCCUCAAGAACGGGAGAGCGCUGGCUUCAGCGGGUGUGGGCGUAUAUUUCGGCCCAGGAGAUUCAAGAAAUGUGUCCGAGCCUCUACAGGGUAGCCGUCAAACAAACCAACGAGCGGAAUUGACUGCAAUCCUUCGAGCUCUUGAAAUUGCUCCCCGCCAUCGGGAUGUGACCAUCUUCACAGAUAGCCAGUAUUCCAUCAAUGGGCAACAAACCGGUGGACAACAAAGAUCUGGUCGAGUCGAUUUUGUCCAAAAUUGACGAGCGCAACGAGCUGAAAGUCCAGACCUUAUUCGAAUGGGUGAAAGGCCACAGCUCGCAUCCGGGCAACGAAGCUGCCGACCGCCUGGCUGUGAAUGGCGCCCAACGUGGAGUGGCCGAGAAGGCUGCGGCGAUGGCAGCAGCAGCCAAAGAGAUCCCGGAUGAUCUGUUUGAUGAUGAUAAUGACGAUGACGAC